AUGACUAUGGAAAUUCUUCCUACUCCCCAAGGGAUGGGAACUGAACUCUCAAUGACCGGCCUCAUUGCUAUCACCUGGGCGGGAACAGGAGUAAGCAUCCUGUUUACGUCUGCUCGUAUCGCGAUCCGAAUCGUGUAUGUGAAGCGUCUACUAGCGGAUGACUAUUUCAUGCUGCUUGCCUUAGCCUUUUUGAUAACGAACGCAGUAUUACAGACUCUUCAGGCUCCACACAUCUAUUAUAUAGUCUUCAAUAUGACUGGGCCAGAUAUUGUCGACCACGGACUUCGCUACACCCACUACGAGUUUGCGAUCAUUGGGAUCUUCUGGUCCGUGCUGUGGAGCGUAAAAGCCUCAUUUCUAGCACUCUUCUGGAUGAUAUCCAACGGGUUGCCUCGGUACCGGCGGGUCUGGUGGGCCACCGUUGUGUUUGCAGCCUUGGCAUAUAUCGGAUGUUGGAUUGGGUCUGUGUACACAUGUCACCCGCCAUCGAAUUACUUCAAGUUUGUCAUGUCUCUCCCACUUCGCAUCAUCUGGCAUGCAAAGAUCAACAUGCAACAAAAGAUUGGGUUAGGGAUAGUGUUCUGUCUUGGCAUCAUAAUUGUCGCAGCGGCAAUUAUCCGAGCAGUUGCUAUCACCGGAAAGGCAUAUUCGGACCAAGCAGCGCUUGCACUAUCAUCGUCGGAUCCCUACCUCCAUUCCGAUCUAUCAUAUCCACCAAGCCAGACAGCAACCAGUCCCCUUCUGGCUCCUCCGGUGUCACGCCCAACUCCCAUGAUCGAAACCAUUCCACACGCGGAGAACACCGGUCGGACAUAA